AUGCCAUGCCUGACCCCAGCCCUGGGGUGCCGCUACAGCAGCGAGAACAAGGACUGGGACCAGGACGGAGAGGGGCGGAGGCUGCUGCUGGACCCUAGCAGCCCCCCUGCCCAAGCCCCCGAUGGAGCUGAACCCAGUUCCCACAGCCUGCCUUCCGCUCACACUGACGAGCGGGCCCCGCUCUCGUCUGUCCCGGCUAAGACAGCCGGCAACGUCACCGAGCCUGCUGAGGGCUCCCGGGGCCUCCCAGGGCGAACAGCAGCACCAGCACAUGGAGCUGGCAGGCAGUUCAGCGCCCACCUGGCUGUGCUGAGCAGCAGCCUGACCCGCAGGAAAAUGCAGCUGCCGCUGUCCUCUCACGCCAGCCAGCCCCACCAAGUGCCGGCCGGCGAGCCCAUCCCUUCUCCGACUUACAGCUGCUGA